CUUAUUUCAGUUUGUUUUAUUUCAGCUUUGGCUAGAUCAGAAUCUAAGAGAGAUGGAGGUUUUAAAAAUAAUUGGAGCUUUGAUCAUGAAGAAGAAAGUGAAGGAGAUGCAGAUAAAGAUGGGGCAAAUCUACUCAGUGUAGAAGAUGAGGAUUCUGAAACCUCAAAAGGAAAAAAGUUAAAUCAGAGAUCUGAAAUUGUGGCUACUAGUUCUGGCGACUUCAUCUUGAAGACUUAUGUAAAACGAAACAAAACCGACAGCUUUAGAACUUUGAAAGGCAACCCAAUUGGACUUAACAUGUUAAGCAACAAUAAGAAACUGAGUGAAAAUACACAAGCUACAGCAUUAUGUUCUGGAACUGUAGUUCAUGGUAGACGCUUCCAUCAUGCUCAUGCACAGAUACCAGGUGUCAAAACAGCGGCUCAGAGCAAUCAGGACCGAAAAGAAAGGAAAGAAUAUCCACCUCAUGUCCAAAAAGCUGAAAACAACCCUGUAAUGUUAAGUCAUGUCCAAGGUGUAGACCGUAUAAUGAAGAAGCCAGAAGAGUCGGAAUCAUAUGUAGAGCCUGAAAUUAAGAGGAAAGUACAACAGAAACGGCACUGUAGUACUUACCAGCUGUCUCCACUGUCCCCUGUCUCAAAGAAGUGUUUGACCCAUCUAGAGGUAUCUGAACAGCGUGAACGUUGCCCAAAAUGUGGAAAAGAAAAAGAAAAUCAGACCAAAUGCCAAAGUUGUGGUAUUGUUUUUCAUAAUGAUUUGCAAAGAAAUUGCAGACAAGCUGUAACUUUGAAUGAACCAACUGGACCAUUAUUAAGAACGUCAAUUCAUCAUAGUUCUGGAGGACAGAAGUCACAAACGACAGGAUUAACAGCUAAGAAGUUUUAUGGUAACAGUGUGGAAAAGAUUCCAGUUGAUAUUUUGGUGACUUGUGAUGCUAGUAGACAUAACUACAUACAGACUAAUGGAAAAGUCAUUUUACCUGGGGGGAAAAUACCUAAAAUCACAAACCUGAAAGAGCGAAAGACAAGCCUGUCAGAUCUAAAUGAUCCAAUCAUUUUGUCCAGUGAUGACGACGAUGACGACAGGACUCACAGAAGAGAGAGCAUGUCCCCACAGCCUGCCGACUCGGCAUGCUCUUCCCCGGCACCAUCGACUGGAAAAGUAGACGCUGCACUAAAUGCAAAUAUUUGCAGAGCAGAGCAGGAAUCUAGAAGCAAUCCAGCAGAAUCGGAGUUAAAUACAGUUGUCAUAUCAAGAAAAGCGAGAAUGAAGGACCAGCUGGGCAAUCCCAUCAGCACACCUCUAAAGCGUCGUAAAAUAAACACUCACGGAACUUUAAUUCACACUCUGUCACUGCCACACUGCCAAAACUUUGAGAGUGUCAUUUUAAACUGUCGGAGUAUACGAGUUGGAACACAAUUCCGACUGUUGGUAGAGCCUGUAAUUUUUUCUUUAGAGUCAAUCAAGAUACAUCUAGAUGGACCAGAAAGUGAUCCUGUAGAGAUUAUUUUAAAUACCUCUGAUCUAACUAAAUGUGAAUGGUGUAAUGUCCGGAAAUUACCAGUAGUGUUUCUGCAAGCCAUACCAGCAGUUUAUCAAAAGCUGAGCAUGCAGCUGCAGUUGAAUAAAGAAGAUAAAGUUUGGAAUAAUUGUAAAGGAGUGAACAGGUUAACAAGUUUAGAAGAACAAUACAUUAUUUUAAUUUUUCAGACUGGCCUUGAUCCUCAGGCAAAUGUGGUCUUUGAAAGUAUCAUUACUGACAUUGGUAUAAAGAAUAAUGUUUCCAACUUUUUUGCGAAAAUUCCUUUUGAAGAAGCCAAUAGCAGACUUGUUGCCUGUACAAGAAGCUAUGAAGAGAGCAUCAAAGGAAAUUGUGUGCAAAAAGAGAACAAAGUGAAAACUAUGCCCCUUGAAUCUAAAAUACAACUUAGAAGCAAACAAGAAUUGCAGUUUUUUGAUGAGGAGGAAGAAGCUGGAGAGAGCCACACCAUCUUCAUUGGCCCAGUAGAAAAAUUGAUAGUGUAUCCACCACCUCCAGCUAAGGGAGGCAUCUCUGUUACUAACGAGGACCUGCACUGUCUAACUGAAGGAGAGUUUUUAAAUGAUGUUAUUAUCGACUUUUAUUUGAAAUACUUGGUGCUUGAAAAACUGAGGAAAGAAGAUGCUGACCGAAUUCAUAUAUUCAGUUCUUUUUUCUAUAAACGCCUUAAUCAGAGAGAGAGGAGAAAUGCUGAGACAACUAACCUAUCAAUACAACAAAAAAGACAUGGGAGAGUGAAAACUUGGACCCGGCAUGUAGAUAUUUUUGAGAAGGAUUUUAUUUUUGUACCCCUUAAUGAAGCUGCACACUGGUUUUUGGCUGUUGUUUGUUUCCCUGGUUUGGACAAACCAAAAUAUGAACCUAACCCUCAUUUCCAUGAAAAUGCAGUCAUGCAAAAAAGUUCAGCUGCAGAGGACAGUUGUGUUUCUUCUGCCCGUGAAAUGGACAGUUGUCCACAGAACUCUUCUGCCAAGCCUGUGAUUAAGAAGAUGCUAAACAAAAAGCAUUGCUUAACUGUAACUGAGUCCAGUGCUGGACAGGAAGAAAGUGAGCCUUGUUAUCGGAGAAACACAUACAGUGUGAAAUGUAGUGUGAAAAAAAAAAAUCAUGCUAUAAGUGAAAACGAAGAAUCAAAUAAUGGAGAAUCUGCAUGCCAGGAAGUUACUGAUAGAACUAAAAGUGAGAAUGGCCUACAGGAUGAAUGUUUAAAUUCUGUACGUCAUCCAGAUGCCUUAAGCAAAAUCAGACUAAACUACGGUGAUCAGUCAGCUGAAGGUGGUAAAAUGCUUGAAGAUGAACUCAUUGACUUCUCAGAAGAUCAGGAUGACCCGGAUGAUAGCAGCGAUGAUGGCCUCCUUGCUGAUGAAAACUACAAUUCAGAAAUAGGACAGUGGCACCUAAAACCCACUAUCUGUAAACAACCUUGUAUCCUACUUAUGGACUCACUCAGAGGCCCAUCUAGGUCAAAUGUUGUCAAAAUUCUAAGAGAGUAUUUAGAAGUGGAAUGGGAGGUUAAAAAAGGAAGCAAACGAAGUUUUUCCAAAGAUGUUAUGAGAGGUUCCAACCCGAAAGUUCCACAGCAGAACAACUUCAGCGACUGUGGCGUGUACAUACUGCAGUAUGUAGAGAGCUUUUUUGAGAAUCCAAUACUAAAUUUUGAGCUACCUAUGAAUUUGGUGAACUGGUUUCCUCCUCCUAGAAUGAAAACAAAAAGAGAAGAAAUCCGAAACAUAAUUCUGAAGCUUCAGGAAGAACAGAGUAAAGAGAAGCUGCUGAAGGCCCCUUCCUCAACAGAGACAGCCUUCGGGGAGGGAGCCGAGCAGUAUACCAGCAGUGUCUCAGAGUGACCAGGAGCUUCAGAGCUCACGUGGCGUGCAACUUUGGUUACAGACAGUAAAGAGCCGACGUGCUCACUACUCAGAGGUUUGGGAAUGUUAAUGCUGUAAAAAUGUCACAUAAGUAAUUUCCAAAGGAGUAUGUAUUAAGUAAAAGUCUGUAAAUAUGUUAAUGAGGCCAAUUUUUCCAACAUUUAUAAUUAUUUUUUUCACUUUUAGGAAACCUUUGUUAUGUAUUUUCUGUUAAUAGUACUAAAACUGCAACUUCUAAACACAAAUAAACUAUUUAUAGGAGGAAAUGAUUAAUUUGAUAUUCUUUAGUGAACUUGUAUAAUUCCUCAGAGUGUGAUUUUAUUUCAUGGGAAUAUAUAUGUGUCUAUGUUUUUUUUUUAACCUCUGUUCUAAAAUACUCAGAAAUGUGAAAAUAUAAUUGUCAGAGACAUUUUAAACUAAAAAUGCAUCUUUAUAUGCUUGCAUACAAGAAAAAUUAACAUCUUUUCAAUUCACACUCGUUGAGUGUGUUCAGAGAAACCCCAAAAUGUAAUAAAUAUUUAUAAUUGUACACAGAUACUUAAACACUAUUAAGAGCAAUCAAAGACAAUGCGCCUUGACUUCUAGUGAAGUCUGACUAACUGCACUGGCACCCACUCUGCGACUCAGGUGAAAACUGUCCUGGCAAGUGCAGCUGGAAUCUCAGAUACCCAAUACGACCUUUGUAUUAUCUUACGGUAUGCUGCAACCUGUAUGGUAGAACUAGGUAAGAAACCGUUUUAAUCUGGGUAAACACAGGAAUUCAAAUAGGAACUUAUUUUUGGUAACUUCUGCUAUUUUUUCAUUAUUUUGUUCUCAUUGUUUUGAUAAAGUAUCAGACCUUUAGCUUGAGUUUUUCUGUGUAAAUUACUUUAAAAUGCAAAGAUCCUCUCUUUAAUUGCAUAGUGCAGCAAAAGCUCUUAUUUUGAGUUUUCCAUUUAGGUUGAGAAAAUGUGAGGCUAGGCCUGUAGUUCAGUAGAAUGCAUGCUUAACAAGCUGGAGGCCUCUGGUUUCAACCCCCAGUAGCAAACAAAAAUAGAAAAAUGUGAAGCUUUUAAAGCCACAUUUGUAAUUCUUGUAGAGCUCCCUUCUAUAUGUAGAAACUAUUAUUUUCUCAAAUGAAUGGUAUCUAUUUCUUUCAGGUUAAGUGCAAGACUUAAAAUAUAUGCUUUAAGUCAUUUUUGUUAGUGAAUUUUUUAAUGCCCAUAUAACAAAAAAAGUGAUAAUAAAAGGUCAUUUUAUCAUCAUCUGUUUUAUUUCUAAUGUGGCCAUCUCUGGCACUGUGAGCCACAAUUUAGACUGUUAAUGAGUUUAGUGAAGUUCUGGGAAAGAUUUGGCAUGGGUGAGAAUGGUAACAGAUAACUUGAGGCUCUAGUACAGAUCAAAACAAGUGCAAGGAAAGUCACCAUUAGUGCCAUCAACUAUGUGUGUCUGUUUUACUUUGGCCUAGCUUAACUCUUAUUUCUGAUUAUUUCUUUUCAGUAAGACUUGACAACUGCUAGGCGGUAUAAUUAGCUCAGAUAUGUAAGACAAGAGUUUUCUAAAGUUUUAUUCCUAACUGAAAAAGCCAAAAUGUUUUUGUUCUCUAGUGAAGACCAAAAAACAAAACAAAGGAAUUAAAAAACAAAAACUUUAAUAGAAAGUAUAAAUAAGAUUGGCAAACUUUAGUUUUUAAAUGAACUCUAUUUUGCCAAAAUUUGAGGGAACUGGAAAAGUUAGUGUAAGGACCAGGUAUACUGGCACAUGCCAGUUAAUGCCACCUGCUUAGGGGUUGAGGUACUUGACCACUUGACCCUGAGUCGGGGAGUUCAAGGUCAGCCCGCAGUAUGGUGAGACACUGUCUCAAACUAAAACUAUCCUAAAAGCUUGUGGUGUUUUUUUUUGUUUUGUUUUGUUUUUUGUUUUGAUUCUUAAUAGCUAUAUUUUAUAGUGUUAGAUAACUUGUUAAGGUAAAAUUACAGCUUGUUCCUAGGGCUAAUUCUGGUCAAUAUUUUUUGUUUCAACAUGAAAAAUAAAGAUUGUAUAAAUAGUUUAAAGUGGAGAUCUACCUAAGAAUGUGUGAUUAGUAUAAGCAGUGUGACAGAACUUUGCAGUCAGAAGUCUGUCAUUGACACCAGAACUGCAUGAGGCUAUCUGGUGACUUCACUAAUUAGAUAGAGCUGCUGUAUUGGUUUUCUUGUUGGAUAGAAUAACAGCUAAUCAUUUUUAGAAGAGUUUUAGAUUACUUGCAUAAAAUUUGUAUGUGUCUGAGCUCCUGGUAGUUUAGGAGGGAAGGUGUUGGUUAGCCAGUCCCGCCCGCCCCUUUGGCGUCACUGACAUGCUUUCUUCAGACAGCCGAGAACGUGAUGGAGUUCCUUCAGUUUCACUCAAACCUGAAACAGUUAGCUUUUCUUUGCAUGCAGCUUGUGCUUAACUGAGUCAAUUAAAUGUGGAUGGUUUUAUUUGACAGCAUAAAAUGAUUUGCUUUGUGUUUUGUCUCCAAAAUGAAUUUAGUAUUUUUCUCUGUGAAGCCUAUUUGUAGUCUCUGAAGGCUGUGUUCAGAUAGAAAGUACAUAACUGCUGUGUGGAGUGAGGGCAGGAAACAGGAUUGUCAGGGCACUCUGUAGAGCAGCAGUUCUGUGUCCAGGAUCAGCUGUGGAGAACAGCUUCAAGCAAAUUAAACAGAUUUCUCCACAGGACUUCUCCAAGUCUUUGGUGUGGAUAUGUAGGAUUAUUAAGUAAAAUUACAGACCACUAUAUAUAAUUGGCCAUAUCUUCUGUUCCAAGAACUCCUAGAGUAAACAACUUAAGAUAUUUUGUGAACUGACUUUAAGAGAAGAUUGUUUUGAAGCUGAUUUGAGGAUUUAAAAACAAUUUUUUUCAAUAGUUGAGUUUAUUAUUUAGAAUUUUGAAAAUAAAUAAAUGGGCAUUGGUGAAAUAAAGUUUUAUGAGAAGCUUUUUUUGUAACCAUUAGGAAAAUAACUUUUGUAAGGAAAAGGUUACAAAUUAAUUUUUUCACGUUAAUGAGUUGAUUUAGGGAAAAGAGAAUUGAUAUCUUUUGUAAAGUCAUCAAAUCCCAACAAACACGAGAAUAGAAAUCCUGUAAAGCUAUGGAAGUGAAUUGAAAGGCUGUUUGCAGGCUGCUCCCUUACCUCUGAACCUCUUACCUUCAGAAGGUUAAACUUCCUUCUGACUUCCACUCCAUCUUUUAUGUUAGAACUAAAUUGUAAUUGGUGAACUUCAUGUUUUUCUUCCAUCAAAAUCUGUGCAAAAAAGUAUUCUUUUGUAAGCUGGAAUCGUUUUAUUAACAUUUUGAAUAUUUUAAACUUGUCUUACUGAAAGUUGUUCAAAGUUAUAAUAAAACAUGUUAUCAUAAUUAGCUUUAUACAAAUAACAGAAGACUUUAAUUAGAUUUUAAAAGUCUUUAAACAUUCAGUGUUUUGAGCACCUAGUACAUAGUAUAGGACCAGAUAGAUACCAUCUUCCUGCUUCACAGUGUGGUGGGAAACAACAGUCAUUGGCUUUACAAAUGAGUACCAGCCAUGAAAGAGUGUGUCUAAAGAGUAAUCUCAGGGUUGGUCUCAGAAGGUUAGAGACUUCCUGAAGGGGUAACAUUUGAACCACUGGUGGUAGUCUAGAAGAGGAAGAGUAAAGUCUGUGAAAUAGAAAGAAAGAUGCUUUGGCUUAAAAGGAUAAUCACUUCACUGAUAAAGCAUGUACUGAAUGCUAGACAUUGUGUAGAUCAUUUUAGAUAAAUGAAUGCACUUCCUUAAUGAUCUUAGGAGAUUCAUGUACUGCUAGUACUUCCAGUUUGUGAGACAGAUAAGUCCCCAAGAAAGUCUCUUGAAUUCACAGUGUUAAUCAAAGUUGCUAGGUUAACCUGUACUUGAUAAAAUUAGGUACAAAUAAGAUACUAGUGAUUUUGUAGAGAUGUACUGUGGUAGAGUCUUGAUCUCUGAAGUGGGAUGUAAGGGGCUGCUCUGAAUAAGCUAUUUUUAAAUGAUGUGUAAACAUUUGUAUAGUUUCUUAGAAUGCCUUGUGCAAGCUAAUCAUGCAGGGCCUUGUAGCCAUGUUCAAGAUCUUGAUCAUUACUGAGAAAAGUUACGGAAGCAUUUCGGACAGGAGUAACACAAUCAAAUAUGCAUGCAGAAAAGAGCGUGUAUUAAUGAAAAUGGGACCAGAAUGAAAGCAGUCUUGUCAUGAAACUGAGUUCUCAAGGUGAGGCAUGGAAUAAUACAUCAGUGUGGUAGGAAUGUUGGAAAGACACAGUGGCCCCAUUUGAAGUGUUCCUCUUAGGAAUAUGCAACAAGAACUCGAAAGCUGUUCUUUAUCCCAAUCAGAAAAGAUUCAAAGGCCACACAAGCAUAUACUGCUGAAAAUAGAAAAAGUGAUUAAUGUUAGACAUUACUAACAUAAGUGGUAAAAGCCAAAUCAUUCCUAAAACUUGAGACACUACCAAAGAGAUAGAGCAUUAAUUUUUUAGACAAAACUUUCUAUUUUUAAGUACAAACCUCAUGAAAAGAAGGUGUAAAAUUAGAAUUAAAUACCAACGUUCCUUCACAGAAAAAGACUAGGUGGGUCUAAUUUGAGAGCAACUCAUGCUUGAUCUAGUUAUGCAAGAUCUCCAAACUCUAAGCUACCCAAGUGCUUGCAUAGUUCUAUGCCCUGACUUGGCGCUCCCUGUCCUCUUCUGUCAGCUGACUGGACCCAAGGAAAGAGCAGGCAAAGGAAACAAAACAGGACUUAGUGGAGCAGAUCUAAGUAUUGGGAAUUUAGGUUGAAAAUAGGGAAGAAUUUGCAUAUUGGAAGGAAAGAAGAUGGUAAGUGGCGGUCUAAUAAAUGGCCUCAUUUCUAAGAAGGAUUUCCUUAUUUUAACCUCUGAAAUAAGACUGUAUCUUAUCAAAUAAAUUUGACUUUGUCUCAAAAUUAAUGGAAAUCAUAAACGUAAGUUGCCAAGCCUGGUCCCUGACUCAAGUGUGUAGUGCAGUCUACAAAUUUACAACCCUAACAGAUCAUAGGCAAGAGCACACUUGAGGACCACUGGUACGCAUGACUUCUUAGUGACGUUGCAGUCAGCUGUGGAAGGCUUGAUGCACCAAGCAUCCCCACAGUGGCUUGCUGAAGUACUGUAUGAUCUUGUCUUCUCCUACCUGUGUUUUAUACCUGAACUGAGACAUGUAAUUAAAGUUUUGAUUUUUUUUUUA